UCCCUUCUCCAUCCGUCCGUCCACGGGAUUAUUGUCCUUCAUUUGUGUUGGUGUGCGCGCGCGCUUAAUUGGUGACCGGGGCAGUGCGCGCGCGCGCAGACAGCUGCAGGUGUGCCACGCGGGAGUUAUUGGCUUCGUUAUCGAUACGCACAGAUGCGAGAUGAUUGAUCGGUGGAGCUCAGUGCAGGACACGUGGCUGCUUCUCAUCUUUGCCAUCGUGCUUCACACCUCAAGAGCAGCUCAUCCCAUUGAUGUCCUGAAGGUUCUGGAGCUGUCGGAGGACAUGGAGGGCGUGUCUUUGGAGGCAGGACUGUGCACCAGCAGGGAAGGUCACGAAGAGACGGACCUCUCCUUUAAGAUUGAUAAGAAGAUCCAGCUGAGCGCCCCCACCAGGCAGCUGUUCCCUGAUUCAGCAUUCCCAGUGAAUUUCUCCGUGAUGACGACGGUUCGAGCUGUGAAGGGAUCUCAGGUUUUCCUGCUCUCCUUGUAUGACUCACAGGGUACUCAACAGCUGGGUGUAGAGGUUGGACGUUCUCCCGUCUUUCUGUACGAGGACCAGGAAGGCCAACCAUCACCGGAACUCUACCCCACCUUUAGGAAGAUCAACCUGGCUGAUGGCAAGUGGCACAGAGUAGCCUACAGUGUGGAGGGCCAGUCUGUGACUCUUUACUUGGACUGUGCCAAGCUGGAUACCCUGGACCUGCUCAGAGGUCACGACCCCCGUGUCAGCACUGAUGGGGUUACGGUGUUUGGAACUCGACUGCUGGACGAAGCCGUGUUUGAGGGAGACAUCCAGCAGCUGCUGAUCGUGGACGACCCCCGUGCUGCAGAGACGUACUGUCAAGACUUCAUCCCAGACUGUGACGCAGCGCUGCUUUACAACAACAUAUUAGCCGAGCCAGAGGAAGUGGAGAAGGAGCCAAAGAAACCUGUGCUUACAGAGUUUGAGGAGUUUGACUACAGCGACCUCUACGAGGACUUCUCUGUAUCCACGGUGACGCCAGGGCCGAACGUCACAGAGUAUGAGAUCAUAGAGUACGAAGACUACGACAACACCACGGAUUACUACCAGGUGAACGAGUAUGAGUACGAGGAGCAAUACGACGAGCGCUACGGACCAGCCGCUAGAGAGCAAGCAUACACCUUUAACACGGAGGAAAUUCCACAGAAAGGAGAGAAAGGAGAACCGGCGUUUUUGGGAGCGGGAACACAAAUCGUGGGACCAUAUGGACUUCCAGGACGUCAGGGAGAGCCGGGUCCUCCUGGAGUGACCGGGUCAGUGGGACCACGAGGAGACCCUGGAGAACUGGGCCCUCCAGGGCGGCCGGGACUGAAUGGAGUAGAUGGAAUGCCAGGUCCUCCAGGAAACGUCAUGAUCUUACCGUUCCAGACAGGCAGUGAUAAAAGAGGUGUUGUAGUUUCAGCCCAGGAGGCGCAGGCUCAAGCCAUCCUGCAGCAGACCAAGAUGUCUAUGAAAGGACCUCCUGGCCCACUUGGCCUCAGGGGAAGACCAGGACCACUGGGUGCACCAGGUCCAAUGGGGCUGAAGGGAAACAGUGGAGACACGGGGCCGCCAGGUCCUCCAGGACUGGUAGGCAUCACAGGUCAGAAUGGACGACCUGGAAAAAUGGGUCGACCUGGUGCUGAUGGGGGCCGUGGGGCAAUAGGAGAGGCAGGAGCGAAAGGCGACCGAGGGUUUGACGGGUUGCCAGGUCUGCCUGGAGACAAAGGACACAAAGGGGAUCGGGGAAAGCCAGGCCCUGCAGGUCCUCCUGGAGAGCCAGGAGAAAAGGGCUCUGAGGGACCGCCUGGGCCGAGAGGACAACCGGGUGAUGCUGGUUCCAGAGGUCAUAAUGGCCCCAGAGGUCGUCCUGGACCCUCAGGCCAGACUGGAAUCCGGGGAAUUGACGGCGUUCAAGGUGCAAAAGGAAACACGGGUCCUCCAGGAGAUGGUGGAGCGCUGGGACAGCAAGGCAACCCUGGAAUUCCGGGGUUUCCUGGUCCACAGGGACUAGUGGGGAUGCCAGGAGACAAGGGGCCUCAAGGGAAGAAGGGGAUGCAGGGGUUACCUGGAAAUGAUGGACCCCCAGGUCACCCCGGACGAGAAGGUACUCCAGGUGAAAAAGGACUGCCGGGUCCUCCUGGAGUGCAGGGACCUGUUGGAUACCCCGGACAACGCGGCGUUAAGGGAGCAGAUGGAAUCAGAGGAAUGAAGGGGAGCAAAGGAGAGAAGGGGGAGGAUGGUUUGAUGGGUGCCAAGGGGGAGAUGGGAGCAAAGGGGGACAAUGGAGACAAUGGCCCUCCAGGUAUUAGAGGAGAAGAUGGGCCUGAGGGUCCUAAAGGCCAGAUGGGGCCUCAAGGAGAGUCUGGACCCAUUGGCAUUCCUGGAGAGAAGGGCAAACUAGGAGUUCCUGGACUACCAGGAUAUCCAGGUCGACAGGGGCCGAAGGGCUCUGAGGGUUUUCUUGGUGGACUUGGACCUGCAGGCGAGAAAGGGAAGAAAGGCCCUGCAGGGCAGGCAGGAAGCGGAGGCCAGAGAGGUCCAAAUGGUGCACGAGGUGCUCGGGGUGCAAGAGGUCCCACAGGGAAACUGGGAGAAAAGGGUGCCUCAGGACAAGAUGGGCCACCAGGAUCUCCAGGAGAACGGGGACCUCAAGGGCCACAGGGAAGGAAUGGAGAGCCAGGACCUAAAGGAUCCAUAGGUCCAGGCGGAAAAGAUGGACUUCCAGGUCACCCGGGUCAAAGAGGGGAGCCGGGAUUCCAAGGCAAGACGGGACCUCCGGGACCUACAGGUGUGGUCGGACCGCAGGGCAAAUCGGGAGAGCCUGGCCCGACGGGAGACAGAGGGCACCCAGGAACACCGGGGGUACCCGGAGAGCACGGUUUACCUGGAGCUGCUGGGAAGGAAGGUGGAAAGGGUGACCCGGGUGCACCUGGGACCCCUGGAAAGAAUGGACCAACAGGACUGAAGGGGUUCAGGGGCAGCAGAGGAGCACCUGGAGUUAUGGGUCCUCCUGGUCUGAAAGGAGGCUCAGGACCUACUGGACUCCCAGGAGCCAUAGGGGCGACAGGUGAAAGAGGCCCUCCAGGAUCAGCUGGGGCCAUCGGACAACCAGGACGUGCUGGACCGAUUGGAGGACCUGGACCAAUGGGAGAGAAGGGGGAACCUGGAGAGAAGGGUCCAUUAGGACCAGCAGGCCAUGAUGGAGAGCAAGGACCGGUUGGGAUGCCCGGGAUUACCGGUCCCACAGGGCUGCCAGGGGAUGACGGGGAUAAGGGGGAACAAGGGGGACCCGGGCAGAAAGGCAGCAAAGGAGACAAAGGGGAAGCAGGCCCUCCGGGGCCCACUGGCACCCAAGGACCUGUUGGUCAACCAGGACUUCCGGGGGUAGACGGACUGUCGGGACCCCGCGGUCAGCAGGGCAUGUACGGCCCCAAAGGAGAUGAAGGACUCCGAGGUUUCAAGGGUUCUAAAGGACCAAUAGGACUGCAGGGUAUGCCCGGCUUACCUGGAGAAAAAGGCGAGAGUGGACAUGGGGGACUAAUGGGUCCACCUGGACAGCAAGGCCCCAUCGGUCCUCAAGGUCCAGUUGGGGGACAGGGUCCGAACGGACGACCAGGGAUGGUCGGGCAGCCAGGCGUCGUCGGGGAGAAGGGGGAGGAUGGAGAGGCCGGUGACCCCGGAGCUGUCGGACUCUCAGGAAAGCCUGGAGCGAAGGGAGACCAGGGGGAGAAGGGGGAUACGGGCCUCUCCGGAGCAGCUGGUCCUCCGGGAGCCAGAGGAGCCUCUGGGGAGGAUGGAGCCAAAGGCAACGCUGGUCCAAUAGGUCUCACUGGAGACGUUGGACAACAAGGAGAGGCUGGACCCAAUGGUCUAGAUGGUUUGCCAGGGCCUAAAGGCGACACAGGAGACCCAGGAAAGUCUGGACCACCAGGGGCACCAGGUGAGCCUGGACCACCUGGACCUCCUGGGCGAAGGGGCCACUUGGGGAAACCAGGAAAGGAUGGAAGGGUGGGCCUGAAAGGAACGAAGGGCUCUUCUGGAUUGGAAGGUCCAGUAGGGAAGACGGGGCCUGUGGGUCCUCAGGGACACCCUGGGAAGCCCGGUCCUCAGGGUCUAAGGGGAAUCCCCGGCCCUGCCGGUGAACAGGGUUUAAAUGGACCACCUGGCCAGACAGGACCACCAGGUCCAAUGGGUCCACCAGGACUACCAGGACUGAAGGGAGAUCCAGGCAGGAAGGGGGACAAGGGUCACGGUGGCCUGAUCGGUCUUAUAGGACCACCAGGUGAUGUGGGAGAGAAGGGGGACAGAGGACUGCCAGGAAACCAGGGACUACCAGGUCCAAAAGGAGAGGAGGGUCCUGUCGGUCACCCAGGACCCAACGGUCCUCCUGGCUCCACGGGUCUGUCUGGUUCUAUUGGUCCCAAGGGUUCGAAAGGUAAUCAGGGUCCAAUUGGUCCAAGAGGAGAUACUGGGCCUGCAGGUCCUCCAGGGCCACCCGGAUUGCCAGCACCUGUGAUGGCUUCUCUACCAGAAAGAGGACGAAGAAGAAGAACGCAGGUCAUGGUGGAUGGUGCUGCACUUGAAGAGGAGGAAGAGGGAGAGGAAGCGAUGGGUAGAGGAGAGGAUGAAUGGAUGCAAGGGGACCAGCCGAAGUUUAACGGUUGGAUGAAAGAGAGCGAGGGCCAAGGCAUGGAGGAAGUGUUUGCGUCGCUCUCCUCCAUGAAAGUAGAAGUGGAGGGGCUGCGGAACCCACAAGGGACGUACCACAGCCCUGCACGCACCUGCAAGGAGCUGUGGCUUCUCCACCCAGAGCUACCCAACGGGGAGUACUGGAUUGAUCCCAACCAAGGUUGCCAUAGAGAUGCCUUCAAAGUGUUUUGUAACUUCACUGCACAGGGGGAGACAUGUUUGCACCCUGACAAGAAGUUCCAGUCGGUAAAGCUGGCGGCCUGGAAGGGCGAGAAUCCCGGCACCUGGUACAGUAAAUUUAGGAAAGGAAAACAGUUUUCCUACUCCAGUUUGGACGGCGUUCCAGUCCACGUGGUCCAACUGAACUUCCUGAAGCUUCUGAGUGCGUCAGCCAAGCAGACCUUCACCUACCACUGCCUCAACUCCGCCGCCUGGCUACACGCUUCCACCUUCGGCCACGAGCACGCACUGCGCUUCAGAGGCAGCAGCGGGGAGGAGCUGACGCAUGAAAAUAUGCAUUACAUCAGUGCACUGUAUGACGGGUGUCAGACCCGCUCAGGGCAGGAGAGAACAGUGUUGGAAAUUGACGGCCCACUCUCCAGCACGCUCCCAAUCAUCGACGUGGCGGUGUCUGAUUUUGGGAAGGGGAACCAGAAAUUUGGUUUCCAAGUUGGCCCAGUCUGCUACAGCGGUUAACCAAACCGGAGGAGGAAGCCAACCACAGGGAGCAGAGCCAUGGACACUUUACAUGCAGGGAGAAACCUACAUUCAAGACUUACCUGGUGCCACAUAUUUAUUAUCUAGAACAGUGUUCACACUUUUAUAGACACAUUCACUCCCUCAGAUGGUCCUUAAAUCAAACGCUCAUCACUGACAGGCUGCUCAGCGCUGUUUUCCAGAGCAGUACAUAAAUGUAUUUGUAAUUUUUGACUGUCACUAUUCAGGAAUAAGUUGCUUUUUUUUACAGUCCAAGUCAUGUUGCUUGUAUUAAACGUAGUUGGUAAUCAAGCCCCUGCGUGCUGUUCCUUGUUCCUUUGACAAAUGCUUCAUUUGCAAGUUGAGGAUGUAAUCCACGGCAGGCAGAGACUCAAAUGAGGAGGAUCUCUUACAUUGUGGCAUGUUGACUGUGUGCGCUUGUCUGUGCAGCCUCAGUGUUGAGGACCACAGUGGAUGGAGAAAACCAAAGCGAUGCUCACGUUUUAUCUGGCUGCAGCAGGUGGCUGGUUAUUUUCAAGAGGUGAAGAUGGACCAGAUGUCUGUCCGGGUGAUUGCCAUCCGGGACCAAAGAUGGUUCCGUAGUGUGGUAGAUGCGGUGACAUGCUGCACCAACUCAUGCUCCUUCACCUGAAUGGGACAACCAUCCCAAGAGUUACAAAAAUACAGGAAUGAAAAUCAGUGACUUGUUUUAUAAAUCGUCAGUAUGUUGUUGGAGCCAGAGAGAUUUAUUUUACAUGUUAAUACCAGUUUCUGAUCCAACCUGUGUCAGUCUGGUUAGUUUGUUUUACACUGAUGUCAAACGCACUAAAUAGUCCAUAAUAUUCAUUUAACUCGUGAUACUCAAAUUGAUUGUAAAUAUUUUUGGAGACUAAUUUAAUAAUAAUUUAAUAAGUGAUGCUGCAGCUCUAGAAUUGGCAUGCUUCUGCAUUUUAUUAAUUUUUAAUUCAUUGAUUUUAGUCUUUUUAUGUCUAAAUUUGCUGAUUUCAGGCUCUUAAAUGUGAAAAUGUCCAGGAUGAGUUACUAGUUUUACUUCUGUCUGACAGUAAACUGAAUUGCUCCCAAUUUUCAGACUUUUUUGGACCAAAAAUACUCUUUAAUUAAUAAAAAGAUAUAUUAAUCGAGUUAUCAUUAGGUGGUAAUCAUUUUAAGGUAAGAAAAAAAAAACAUGGCUUUGAGUUCAUUUAGCACUCUUCUGAAGAUAUUUAUUUCCAGUUAAAAAAUUAUUAGAAAGAUUUGUCAAAUGACGCAGUUGUCAAAGGUGAGGGGAGCAGUCAGGGGCGUGAUGCUAAUAAUAAUAUAUAAAGAUGACUACAAUGGCAAACUUGUCCUUUAAUUCUAGGUACUGGUCUUAUUUUUGGCACCUGAUUUUAUCCUUAGAACUUUUUGUUGUUGUUUAACUAGUUUUAGUCACAUUAAAGUCGGGACAUGCACAUAUGCAAUAUGCAUGUAAUAUAUGACUAAAGCGAGAAAGAAA